UCAUCUCCCCCAAAACAUUCAAAAUCCCGCCCUAAAAAAAUUUCACUCUAUUUAUUUAUACCCACAAACUCACUCUUCCCAAUGAAUAUCAUCAAUUCAUCAUUCAUCAGUCCCUUUCUUCUUCUUCCUCAUUAAUAAUAAUAAUCCAAACCCUAGACAAAUCAAUCACAACCUUCAAACUUCCCCAAAAUGCCCUCCAUGCCAGAAGAACCCAUCCUCGCCGCCAACCCCGACCGCUUCUGUAUGUUCCCGAUUCAGUAUCCUGAAAUCUGGGAGAUGUACAAGAAAGCCCAAGCCUCCUUCUGGACCGCCGAGGAAGUCGAUUUGUCCGACGACCUCCGCCACUGGGUAACCCUCUCCUCCGGCGAGCAGCAUUUCAUCAAACACGUCCUCGCCUUCUUCGCCGCCUCCGACGGCAUCGUUUUGGAGAAUCUCGCCGGACGUUUCAUGAAGGACGUCCAGAUCUCAGAGGCCCGCGCCUUCUACGGCUUCCAAAUCGCCAUCGAGAACAUCCACUCCGAGAUGUACAGUCUCCUCCUCGAGGCUUACAUCAAGGACUCGUCGGAGAAGAACCACCUCUUCCGCGCAAUCGAAACUGUCCCCUGCGUCCAGAAGAAGGCCAAUUGGGCGCUCCGCUGGAUUGACGGCUCCGAAUCAUUCGCAGAGCGAAUUGUCGCCUUCGCCUGCGUGGAGGGAAUAUUCUUCUCCGGAAGCUUCUGCGCCAUCUUCUGGCUGAAGAAGCGGGGGCUGAUGCCGGGGUUGACUUUCUCGAACGAGUUAAUUUCUCGCGACGAGGGUUUGCACUGCGAUUUCGCGUGCCUGCUGUACAGUCUGUUGAAGAUGAAGCUGAGCGAGGAGAAAGUGAAGGGGAUAGUGGCGAACGCGGUGGAAAUAGAAAGGGAGUUUGUGUGUGACGCGCUGCCGUGCGCGUUGGUGGGGAUGAACGGAGAAAUGAUGAGCCAGUACAUUGAAUUUGUAGCAGAUAGAUUGCUGAAUGCAUUGGGAUGUGGGAAGAUGUACAAUGUGCAGAAUCCAUUUGAUUGGAUGGAGCUGAUUAGCUUGCAAGGUAAAACAAACUUCUUUGAGAAGAGGGUUGGAGAAUAUCAGAAGGCUUCUGUCAUGUCUAGCUUGAAUGGUAAUGGUGACAACCACACCUUCAAGUUGGAUGAGGAUUUCUGACUUCUGCUGUUUAUUUUACUGUUUUCUUCUUUGUUUUAUUUAUUUUUUAAUGUCUCUGUAAAUGCAUAAAAUUGUUAUCUUGCUUUCAAUGAUUUAAUCCAAUGCAAUGUGCACUUGUUCACUUA